AUGGAUGCCGUCAGCUUCGUCCUGGGUGUCCGCACACGACAUCUUCGAGGGGAUCGGCUGCAGGAUCUUGUGCACCGCCGAGAAGACGACAGCGUCGACGAUGUUGCGCAGCGCAGAUGCUCGGUAGAGCUGGUCUACAGAUUUGAUGCUCCCCAGGAAGGCUGCCCCGAGACCAAGACGUUUCGCCGGGUCAUACAACCCAGCACCGAGGCACGCUACCAGAUUGAUGGGCAGGCGGUGUCCCAGGAAGCGUAUCUCGCGAGCCUCGAGGAGAUCAACAUCCUGUCCAAGGCAAGGAACUUCCUUGUCUUCCAGGGGGAUAUCGAGGCUGCAGCGCAUCGCCAGGGCAAAGAUCUCACAGCUUUUUUCGAGCAGGUUUCUGGUUCUGUGGCUCUCAGCGGAGAGUACGAAAAACUGGCCUCGGAGAAGGCUGCCCGAGAAGAUAAAGCCCGCGACCUCUACACCAGGAAGCGGGACGCGCAGCACGAGAAGAAGAGGAUGGCCCAGCAGAAGGAGGAAGCCGAAAAGUACCAGGAAAUGGAAUCCGAGCACCGGGCUUUGCAGACGGAGUUCAUCCUCUUUCAGCUUCUCUCCACCGAGUCCGUAGCGGAGGAUCUCUCCAAAGGAAUCGCGGAGGCGAGGAGGGAAGCCGAGGCCGUAGAGGCCGAUCGUGAAGCUGCCCAACAGAAGCUCGGCGAUGCGGACCUGGAUCGCUUGGAGGCUUCGCAAGCCGCUGCGGAUGCCGAGCGGCUCCUGUCCACGGCGCGGUCAGAGUUGGAGCAGCUGAGCCCUGAGCAGAGCCAGGUGCGAGCGGAACUUCAGUCCGCCCAGCGGCGACACGAGGAACUCUCCACCCGUGCCGAGCUGGACGACCAGCGCCGCAUACGUUUGGAGGGCCAGGCCUCGGACUUACGCAAGAAGCUCGAGGGCCUUGAGGCAGAGCUGGACCUGGUUCGCCAGGAAGCGAGGAAGGAGCCGCCCCUCAGCCCUGAGCAGAUGGAGCAGUUCCGGCAAGCUCAGGAGGAAACCGAGCGCUUGACGUCUGCGAGCAGCCAAGAGGCCCGGGAGCUCGAAGUCGAGCUCCGAGCUUUGGCCAAGCGCCGCGCAGCGGCCGACAGGGGCCGAAGGGAGGCCGCGCAGCGCACUGAGAGCCUGCAGCAGAAGGUGGAGGAUCUCAGGGCCUCAGUGCAGUCCGCUCGAGCCUUGCACGAAAGCUCUGCAGCAGAAGCUGCCCAGAAGAAGGGAGAAGUGCAGGAGCUCGCCGGAAAAUGCCAAGCCCUCCGAGAGAGCAGGCGGCAGCUUGAAUCAGAGCGCCGCCAGAUCUUUGAGGAGAUUCAAGACAUCACCGCAACGGAGCGUCAGAUCGAGAUGGAGAGGAGAUUGACCCGGGUGUGCACGGACCUGUCGCACGCCGUGCCUGGUGUCUUCGGUCGGGUGGUGAAGCUCUGCAACCCCGUUCAGAAACGGUUCCGCGUGGCGGUCAAUGUAGCGCUGAACGGCCAUCUGGAUGCCGUGGUCACGCAGACGGUGGACGGGGCUCGCUCCUGCGUGCAACACCUCAAGGAUGGGAUGAUGGCGCCGCUGACUUUCCUGCCCCUGGACAACCUGAAGAGCAUGGUCAUGGACCGGCGGCUCCACGAGGCCCUACAAGGCCGUAUGAAGCUACGUCCGGCUCUCAGUUGCAUCUCCUUCGAGUCCUCGUUGAGUCGUGCUUUCGACUUCCUCCUGUCGGAUGUCGUGAUUGCCGAUUCUUUGGAGGAUGGCCGAGAGUUUGUCUUCGGCGUUCUGAAGGAGUUGGGCCUCAAGUGCAGGGUGGUGACGCUCAGUGGAGAGGUGAUCUCUCGCGACGGGAAUCUUGCUGUCAAAGCCGAGGGUGCGCAACCAGGAGCCACUCGCUUCGACUUCAACGCCCUCGAGGCCACCCGCGGUCGCCUGGAGGUCCUGCAGACACAGCUCGCCGAGCUCAGCUCAGGAGUGGCGCAGGCGGAGGCAGCGAAGGCGGCUGUGGAGGAGGAAGCGCGACGGUUGGAGGCAAAAGAGAACGACAAUCAGCUCUGCGUGCGGCGGUUCGAGGUCGAGGUCCAAGCUCGCCAGCAGGAGCUCGGCGAGUCCGUCGCGGCAGCAGAGAGGCUGCCCACCGCCGAAGCGCUGUCCGAGGAGGAGCAGCGGCUUCGCGAGCGACUCGUGACGGUGGAGGAGAGCGUCAGUGCCGCUGUGUCGGAUCGUUUUGCUGCACUGUCGGCGGCGCUGAACGUGGAUGAUGUGCGCCGGCUUGAGCGCGAUGCGCGCUUGAACCGAGAGGCGGCGCAGUAUCGCGAAAGCGCGCUGUCCCAGCAGCUUUCUUCCUUCAAGGCCGAGCUCACCAUGAUCGAGUGGGCGCUGGAGGGCCGCCGCGUCCAGGGGGUGCCCCAGCGAGCCCGGGAGUGCGAGGUGGAGCUGCAAAUCCUUCGAAAGCGAGCUGAGGAGAUCGAAAAGCGGCGAGAGGGCCGAAGUAAAGUGGUGGAGGAGCACGCUGCGGCCCUGCAAGAGAAACGCGAGCUCGAGAGGAAUCAAGAGCAGGCCUGUUCGAGGCUGCGAAUGGAGCUCAAGGACAAAGAGAGGGCGGCCACUCAGGCCGAGCGGCAGCUCGCCACCCUGUCCGCGGAGCUGGCCGUGGCGCGCGAGGCGAGGUUCGAGCUCCUGCGGAAAAGUGUGCUGGAGGACAUCGCCCUUCCGUUCGGAGGCCCGCCCAGAGAGGCCAAGAAUGCCGCGAAGAAGCUUUCUUCCCUGGUCGCGGACUUGGACGCGUCUUCUCCGGCGGAGGCUGCCGCAGAGCUGCGCGUCGACUUCAGCAAGCUGCCGCAGGCCAAGCGAAAGGCGGCCACUGGAGGCCCGGCAACGAAGCUGCUGGAGGACGAGUACCGCGCCGAGCUCCGGCGUUUGGCAGUGGACCUGGAGCAGCUGAAGCCCAACUUGAAGGCCAUCGCCCAGUUGGAGGCCAUUGACCAAGAGGCGCUGCACGCGGAGCGCGAGGCGCAGAGGGCUCGGAAGCGCGUGGAGGAAGCAGACCGGAGCUUCGAAACAGUUCGGACCGCAAGGCGCGAGAAGUUCAUGGGCUGCUUCCGGAAGGUGCAGGACGAGAUCCAGCACGUCUACAAGAGGAAGCAGCUGUCCUCCAAAGUCUGGACCAUGACUUUGGCGACUGUUCUCGAGUUGGAGAAGCGAGCCAUGGAGGGGUCGACCAACGCGGAGCGGGUGUCCCUUCCUUACAGAAUAGCAAGCCUGGAAAGAUCUGUUUUCGGCUCCACGGCGAGCGAGGACGAUCUUAACAAGAUCGCAUCGCUGCAGACGGAUUACCUCCAGCUGCAGAAGGACUACGAGAGCCUGGCAGACGAGUACCAAGAGCUGAAGGAUCGACCUCCACAGGUCGUCGAGAGCUCCGCGAGUGUGAAGCUCCUGGAGGAGCAGGUGCAGAAGCUGCAGGAGCGUUACCAGGCAGUGCAGCAGAAGCUGUCCAAGCUUCGUGUCGAGCAUUUGGAGCUCGAGACACAGCACAGCCAGCUCCAGGCAGAGCACGAGAAGCUCAAGGAGGAGGCGGCAAAGGUGCACAAGCAGCAGAGCGCGCAAGUCGGAAGACUCCGACGGGAGCACGAGAAGCUGGCCGAGGAGCUGCAGCAGGUGCGCGGGGCUUAUUCCGAGGCCCAGGCCCAGCUGGAGAAGCUGCGGAAGGAUGCGGCCAAGCAGCGCGAUCUCGAGGGCGAAAUGGCACGGCUCAAGGGCGAGUACCAAGAGCUCAUGGCAGAGUUCCAGCAGCUGCAGGACGACCACGAUCAGCUCCAAGACAAGAACAAUCGUUUUCGCAGCACAUGGAAUGGAGCUUGGGGUGCGGAGGAGGCCGACGACAAAAACCUGCUCACGCUGCCGCCGCUCCCAUCGCCUUCUUCGCGAUGCCCCACGCCCACCAACAUGGAGAAGUCCCGCGGCCUCAGCAAAUCGGAGCCGAAAAUUCCAGGCCUCCAAGAGACCAAGGAGGCCCGGUUCCCGUCCUCGCUGCUGGAGCCCGCCGGGCCUUUGAAAGUCGAGCACCUGAAGACUCGCCUCAUGGAGAUCAAAGGCCGUGUCCUCUACUGCAACGACAAGUGGCAGGAGCAGCACAUAGAGAAGCCUCAGGAAACAAAGCCAAGAAGGAUGACGCUCGAGGUGUACGAUGUCUCGUGA